AUGAAUCCAGCAAAUCACUCCCACGUGACUGGUUUUGUACUAAUAGGGCUCUCUGAGGUAUGGGAGCUUCGGCUCCUCUUCUUCAUUGUUUUCUCUGUGGUGUAUCUCAUGACUGUAACUGGAAAUCUACUCAUUGUGGCUAUAGUGACCUCUGACCCACAGUUACACACAACCAUGUACUUUCUCUUAGGCAAUCUUUCUUUCCUAGACUUUUGCUAUUCUUCUGUGACUGCACCUAGGAUGCUGGCUGACUUACUCUCAGGAAACCCCAUCAUUUCCUUUGGUGGCUGCCUGACUCAGCUCUUCUUUUUCCACUUCAUUGGAGGGAUCAAGAUCUUUCUGCUGACUGUCAUGGCCUAUGACCGUUAUGUCGCCAUUUCUCAGCCCCUGCGCUACAUGCUUAUUAUGAAUCGGACAGUCUGUGGGCUUCUCAUGGCAGGCUCCUGGGUGGGGGGCUUCAUCCACUCCAUUGUACAGAUUGGACUCACUGUGCAACUGCCAUUCUGUGGACCUGACAAACUAGACAACUUUUACUGUGAUGUGCCCCAGCUGAUUAAAUUGGCCUGCACAGAUACCUUUGUCUUAGAGCUUCUGAUGGUGUCUAACAAUGGGCUGGUGACUCUGACAUGUUUCCUGGUGCUGCUGGGAUCAUACACAGCACUGCUUGUCAUGCUCCGAAGUCACUCACGGGAGGGCCGCAGCAAAGCCCUGUCUACUUGUGCCUCCCAUAUUUCUGUGGUGACCUUAAUCUUUGUGCCUUGCAUCUACAUCUAUGCAAGGCCAUUUCGGACAUUCCCCAUGGACAAGGCAGUCUCUGUGCUGUACACAAUGGUCACUCCCAUGUUGAAUCCUGCCAUCUACACCCUGAGGAACAAGGAAGUCAUUAUGGCCAUGAAGAAAUUGUGGAGGAGGCAAAAGGACAUUCUUGUUCCCCUGCAGCACUGA